AAAAUUGGUUUUCAAAAAAAGCUGUUAAAACAAUAUUACCUAAAAAGCGUCCAUAUAUUUUACAAUGAACUUAUCAUAUUAUCAUAAAAAAUUUGUUUGUUUUUUUCUUUAGUUUUUUUUGUAUCAGUUCCGUGGGUAAUGGUGUUUAAAAUAUGGUAUAUUUUGUAGUGAAACACGGCACAGCUUCGAACCAAUCAUUUCCUAUAUUACUCGUUUCUAACCAUCUGUGAUUGGUGCGAAAACUGUCAGAAUUUAAGUUUUCCAGCACCCAGUUCUGUAAGUUUGCAAGCAUUUAGAACGACCUACAACUUGUAAAAAGGUCGAUCCUACGGCAAUAAAACCGUCCCAUCACCUGGACGGGCUAGUUUUUACAAAAUAAAAAUCAAAAUGUUUCGAUCGAUCUUAGUACGAAACCGAGUAGUAAAUGAUGGCUUCAGAAAAGCUGUGCGGUCAAAUAUCACGAGAUGUAUGAGCACUGCAGUUGAAAUAUCCAGGAGGAAACUUUCUAACAAAGUAUUAAGUACCCAGACCAAAAGAGUCUUGGCUCCACAAUGGUCAAUUCAGAAGAGGUAUUAUGCAGACCUACCAUCUCACACAAAAGUGGCUCUCCCAGCUCUCUCCCCUACCAUGGAGAUGGGCUCCAUUGUCAGUUGGAAGAAGAAAGAGGGGGAUAAACUUGCUGAAGGUGAUCUACUUUGUGAGAUUGAGACAGACAAGGCCACAAUGGGUUUUGAAACCCCAGAAGAAGGCUAUCUGGCCAAGAUUGUGAUCCCAGAGGGUGCAAAAGGAGUUCCUGUAGGCAAGCUGCUAUGUAUUAUUGUGGAAAAUAAAGAAGAUGUUGCUGCAUUCAAAGAUUUUAAGGAUGACUCCGCGCCAGGGGCCGCUCCAGCUCCCAAACCCAAAGCAGCAGAAGCGCCAGCGCCAGCAGCCGCUCCGGCGCCAGCGGCCGCGCCCCCGCCGCCGCCCGCGCCCGCCCCCGCGCCCGCGCCCGCGGCCGCCGCCCCGCCGCCGCCCGCCGCCGCCGCCGCUCCCUCCGGCGACAGGGUCUAUGCUAGCCCUAUGGCUAGGCGCCUUGCCGAGAUCAAGAGCGUCAGGCUAUCAGGUCAAGGUUCAGGCCUGUACGGGUCUUUGAAGAGUAGUGACUUGUCAGGCGCGCCGGCGGCGGCCCCGGCAGCAGCCCCGGCGGCGGGCGGGGCGCGGCCCGCUCCCGCCGCGCCCAUGCCCGCGCCCGGCGCCGCCUACGUGGACAUCCCGCUGACCGGCAUGCGCGAGACCAUCGCCAAGCGCCUGUCCGCCGCCAAGCAGACCAUCCCGCACUACCAGCUCUCCGUCACCGUCAACGUCGAGAAGACUAUCGCCAUGAGGAAAGCCGUCAACGAGAAGUUGCAGAAGGAGAAGGCAGAUAUCAAGAUUUCCAUGAACGAUUUCAUCAUAAAAGCGGUAGCCGGCGCCUGCAAGCGUGUACCUGCUGUAAACUCACACUGGAUGGAUACAUACAUCAGACAGUUCAGCAACGUAGACGUGAGCGUGGCAGUAGCGACCCCGACCGGGCUGCUGACGCCGAUCCUGUUCAACUGCGACUCGCGCGGCAUCAUCGAGCUGUCGCGCAACAUGAAGGAGCUGGCCGCCAAAGCGCGCGACGGCAAGCUGCAGCCGCAGGAGUAUGUCGGCGGAACUGUCACCGUCUCAAACCUCGGCAUGUAUGGCAUCACAAUGUUCAACGCUAUCAUCAACCCUCCUCAGUCGUUAAUAUUGGCGUGCGGCUUCCUGCAAGACUUGGUCGUCCCUGACAAAGAGGAACCACAAGGUUUCCGGCUGGCGAAGUUCGCAACGUUCACAGCGUCAGCCGACCACAGGGUUAUCGACGGCGCGGUGGGCGCGCAGUGGAUGAAGGCUUUCAAGGAGAAUAUGGAGGACCCCGCCAACAUCAUCCUCUGAGCACCACACUGCCCAUAGGCCGCUCCACACAAUUUGUUACAUGGACAUAGCGAACAUUUUUUAUUUUUUAUUUAUUUAUAACCGAAUGCCGCAGUUCUGUCUGUGGAUUUUUUUUCGAUGUUUCUUUUAGUUAUUUUGUUAUUCGGGACGGAGACAACAAAUCAAAGAUCAUGAAACUCGGUUCAGCCGUUCUAGAGUUAUAAAUGGUGUAACAAACCCCUUUUGAUUUAUAUUGUGAAGAUUUGAAUAAGGAUAACUUUAGAUUGGAACUUAUUUUUGAGUUAUGUUGCUAUUUGUCUAUUCGUUUUACAUUUCUUGUAUUGUUUUUAUCAGUUAUCCGGUAUCAAAUUGUAAAGAGGCGGUGUUACUGUGUGUCCUACGAUUAACGUGAUUACUCUAGCUUUUGUUUUGUUUAAUUUUGUUUGACAGUGCUGUGAUGAUGCUCUUACGUUCGGUUCGCUGUAAGGCAGUGUAUAGUCGGUCUAGAGUUAGUGACACUUAAUCGAAGGACGCAUAGCCUUAACAAAAUUAAGUGACUAUUUAUUUAGUUUAAUAAGGAAUGGUAAUCUUACAAUAUCCAGCAUGGGAAGCUCCAUCCAUUUUGUUAUACUGUGAAUAGAUCGUAACAAACACAUAACAAAGAACGUCGCGAAAUCGUGGUCUUGUGUGUUUGUGUAUUUCUAAUCAAAUACCAUUCGCAUUUUUGUAUAGUAGGUAUAUUUAUUGCAAAUUCAUAUCGAGUUGAUUGAAUAGAGAAUCUGGAGCAAAGAUCUAUCAAUAUUUAUAUUUAUUCUGUGCCUGAAGUGAAAUUAUUUUGAGAUAAUAUUUGUAACUAUAUAGGUUGAUGUACUUGGCGCAAAUAAGAGCAUAUGUCUUUUUGUUACACCUGUUUAAAUAUUUUGAUGGUGCAGAUAACUUUAUGAACGUUAGUGGAAUAUAUUUCACUUAUAGA